UUCAUUUUGUUUCGCAGUCGUAGGUGAGCAUGGCGACUGUAACAACCCCAGCGGUCCCUGAGCAAAAGGCUAAAACGUCGCCUACAGGACCUGUGCCGUUUGACUUCUCUCAGCCUCCGAUUAUUGAAGGCUUCAGCCCUUUGCCGAGGGUAAAAAAUGAGAGCUUCCAGGAAAAAUUCAUGAGAAAAACCAAGGAGAACCCGUUCGUCCCAAUAGGUUGUUUGGGAACAGCAGGAGCGCUGAUUUAUGGUCUCCGUGCCUUCCAUCAAGGGAAAACCAGACAGUCCCAGCUGCUGAUGAGGGGACGCAUCUUUGCUCAGGGCUUCACUGUCGUCGCCAUCAUUUUUGGAGUCUUCGCCACAGCUAUGAAACCCAAGCAAUGAAGACGGACCAGUCCUGUACCACCACUUGGCAUCUGGCUACAUCCAACUUGGAGUUGGACUGAUCUUGCUGUCUGAAUGGACUGAAUAAUGUGUUCAUGUGUCUCAGCAUUAUUCAGAUACCUAUGUUAAGGCCAACACUAUUUAUUGUUGUGUGAAAACUGAAUUUCUCAUAUUGGUAUGUUUUGCAAGAACAAAGUAUAACUUGCUCCUUACCAGGCCAAGUAACAAGCUGGAUUUGACUUCUCAUCUGCUAUAGUAGUACUGAAGCAAAAUGCUGCUGUAGGGUUCGAUUUUUGAUGUUUGCAUCAUGUGUCGUGACUGAAAUGAUCCACAUUACACCCGUGUUGAGCCUGG